AUGGCCGUAGCCAUUCCAAGGCGUAUGAAGAAUAUUUCACCUGUGGAAUGUGUGGUAGCUUUUGAAAUCUAUUUCUGCAUUUCCACUUUCCAGAGAAUUUCUAGAGAAUAUUUAGAUGUACGGCAGAAUUCAUUAAGCAAAAGGACCGUCGCUGAAUACCAACUCCUUCACGACAAAGGGAAGUCCAUGCAAGACACCCGAAGGCGUAACUUCCUGCAAAAUCUCAUCGAUGGGGUGAACACGGCUGAGAUACGAGGUGUAGCAGAGAUAUCAUCCAACCCGAAACCCGGCGUGGGUCUGGGCAAAAUCUGCACUGUCAGCGUUGGCAUCGAUGAUGAAGGCAAAAACCUGACCCAGGAGACCCACAAGGAACCUUACAAGGAGCAGCCUCUAAAGACCCCCGGAAAGAAGAAAAAAGGAAAGUCCGGGAAACGUAAAGAUCAAGAGAAGAAGAAGAGGCGAAUUCGUUCGGCCUGGCUCAGCUUAAAAGGGUCCGGCAGUGGGAUGGACAUCUUGCGUGUUGCACCUAUUAAGACAAGGAGGCGUUGACAUCCUCCGCUACGAUUUUUUUUUUAUUGGAAAACUUACUCAAGUGUUCUGUAAUUGUGAACAUAUGGAAAGUAUUUAUUAUCUGUAAAUAUUGUAAAUGAUUCAAAAUAAAACCUUGGUUGCAGAUCUUCUCCAAAGCUGCACAUUUGAACAUUGUGAAUACUGGGAGGGAAAUUUUGUACUUCAGACAAUCCUUGUUGUCACCUUUACCAUAAUUUAUUGUGUUGAAUAAUGUAUUUAUUUCCAUGAACUUUUAUCUUGGUGCUGCUGACUUUUCUAACUAUCUAUCUAUCUAUAUUUUGUAACAUAAUGCACUUUAGAUAUACAUUAUGUCUUAUGUUGGUAAGACAUAAA